AUGGCGGAGAAGGCGUUAAGGGAAGAGGAGGCCCGCGCUGCAGCAGAAGCCCCAGAUCAAGCUGUUGCAGAGGAGACCUUGCAUCGCAAGCGCACGUCACACAACCUUCGCCGGACUGAGUGUCCUUUCCAGUUCCAAGCGCAGGUCAAUCACUUGGAUGAUGGCUCGUGGGGAAUCGUUCUGGAGAGCGAAGUUUUCUGUCACAACCACCAGGUUUCUCCAGAAAUUUACCAGCACUAUCCAGGUAUUCGCCAGGUAUCUACUCAGUCUCCAUUGGUACCCGGUGUUGAGCUACUCAUGGAUUCGCAGGCAAGAACAUCAAGUAUUUACGAGUACAUUCGAGACAACUCGGAGCACCGCGACACGAUGACAGAUGUCCGGAACAUGGUCGAUCGCUUGCGUAGCUCCGUAGCUGAAACGAUCGUGAACUUUAACAUGGAGUCGCCUCAGAAUGUGUCGUCGGUGUACCAGAGCGCGCGCGGGAACACUGGGGUGAUUUCAAUCACGACAGGGCAUAUGCGAUCUAUGUUGGGCAGUUUUCCUGAAAUCCUUCAAAUGGACUGCACACACAAGACAAACAAACACAACUACCGGCUUCUCUCGAUCGUUGCGAUGGACCGGUUUGGUAAUGGGCAGCCUGUCCAGUACUCUUUUGUUAGAGACACAUGGCGACUGGCAAAUGGCAAAGAGCCUAGUCCAUUUCAAGCGAGCAAAUGA